AUGUCUACGGCAGAGUUACGGAAGAUUUACGACAAUGAACGCCAAAAGCGGCUUCGUCCCGAAGGCAUGGACCAGUACAUCGAUUUCCGCGACCCUACAAUUGGGGACAAGCUGGGACGAGAUCCUUGGGUAAAAUACGACGAUGUCCUUGCCAACGGCACCCAUCUGAAAGACGGAUCAUCGAUGAAAUUCACCAUUAUCGGCGCCGGGCAUGCAGGUCUACUAUACGCAGUGCGCCUCAUUGAUGCUGGCUUCAAGGCAGAGGACAUUGUCCUUGUCGACACGGCUGGUGGUUUUGGCGGAACUUGGUACUGGAAUCGAUACCCCGGACUCAUGUGUGACAUUGAGGGGUAUGUUUACAUGCCCCUACUCGAGGAAACAGGUUACAUGCCGAAGAACAAGUACUCGUACGGCGCCGAGAUUCGUGGGCAGUGUGAGCGGAUUGCCUCUCAUUACCAGCUCCGUGGGCAAUUCUGUACCCAGGUCGCUCAUCAACAUUGGGACGACGCGAAACGCCGCUGGAUCAUCAAGAUGACUCAAGAUCGAGGUCCGGGCAACCAAGCUGUUCAUUUCCAAAUCGAGACGCAAUUCUUCGUCUCAGCUGCUAGUGGACUUAACGUGCCACAUGUCCCAAAGCUGACUGGCUUCCAGGAGCUCAUGGACACGAAGAAGGUCUUCCAUUCUGCCCGAUGGGAUUGGCAGUACACUGGUGGCAGCCAGGCUCAACCCGACAUGAUUAACCUUCGAGGCAAGAAGGUCGGCAUCAUCGGCACGGGUGCCACCGCCAUCCAGAUCGUACCAGAACUUGCCAAAUGGGCAGACCAUCUUUACGUUUUCCAGCGCACCCCUAGCUACGUUGGCCCACGAAACCAGCGCCAGACGACACCUAAGGAGUGGAAGAGGGUAGCGUACAAACAGGGCUGGCAAUAUGAAAGGCAGGACAACUUCAAUCACUUUAUCACAAAUGAUCCGGUUCCAAACAAUCUAAUCAACGAUGGAUGGACAGCAUCCGACUCCCACACGGUUGCCGGCUUCAUAGGUAGCCCUUCGAAGCUCGUCACCCCGAACACCAUAGAGGAGCACAUCGAUUCCAUGUACAAGAUGGAUGUGGCGCGAGGAGAGCGCCUGCGUGCUCAUAUAGCUGCUGUGGUUAAGGAUGAAACUACUGCUAAGAAGCUGCAACCAUGGUAUGCUGGGUGGUGCAAGAGACCGGCUUUCCACGACGAAUACUUGGACGCCUUCAACUUGCCAAACGUCACCCUUGUCGAUACAGAUGGCAAAGGAGUUGAGAGUUUCACUGCAUCCGGUGUUGUUGCGAAUGGGACUCAGUAUGACUUGGACGCCCUGGUGUUAGCUACGGGCUUUACAACUGUUGCUAAAACCCCGUCCCCAUCAGGCCAGCUGAAUGCUCCCAUAAUCGGGCGGAACGGGGUUGCUUCCUCACAAAAAUGGGCGUCUCCGGAAUACGGAACCUUCUACGGCACUUGCUCGAACGGAUUUCCCAACGCAUUCUUCAGUGGUGCUUCAGGUGGCGGUGUCUCGUAUAACCUGACUUCGUCUUUUGACGUUGCGGCCAGAUUUGUAGCCAACGCAAUCGCUAUGGCCCACAGAGAAGCUGGAGGGGCUAGCAAUCUGCUGUCCAUUGAGCCUUCCAAAGAAGCCGAAUAUCGCUACACUGAUGAAGUGCAAAAGAGAGGCCUAUGGUUCACUGCUUUGAGUACUUGUACUCCAGGUUGGUUUACCGGAGAAGGCGCCGGUGUGUUACGUAAGCAAACUCCCGAGGAGCAGGCUGCCCGGUUGCGACAGGUGCCUUGGGGUUCGGGCAUACUCGACUUCAAAAAAAUGGUCUCCGAGUACAUUUCCAAGGGAGCUCUGGAAGGGUUUGAAGUGAGGACCUAA